AUGAAUAUGUUGGAUGAUGAUGAUGACCAAAGCUUUUACGCUACGCGUGACAGCUACUCCCAUUUGAGCGAUAUUGAAUGGGAUGCGGUUGAACAAAUGGGUUCAACCAUGGGCAUCCAUGCUGUUAGCGUCAUGCUAGAGGCUCUCAAUAGAGAUGCCCAACAUGCUACUAUCGUCAAGUUCAUUUUGAAUGAACUUGACGCUGAACGCGAGAAAGUAGCCUUGCUUCACCAGCAAGGUUCUCAACAAGCAGAGUUGUUGAGAGAACAGGGUGCUCAACAGUUUGAACUGUUGAGACAGCAGCAGGCUGCUGCUGGUGGGUCGAUGCAUUCGCGUCGAACCGAGACCUUGAAGAUUGACAUCUCCAAGUAUAGGGGAGUCGAAGAGGACUCCCUCUUGAGAUGGUUUGUCGAAUUAGACGACGCCAUAAGGGCGCGUCGCAUCGACGACGGGGAUAUGCAAGUUGCAUUUGCCCAAUCAAAUCUGGCAGGACGUGCCAAGGCUUGGGCUUUGGGGCUCAAGUUGCACGACCCAUAUGCGUUUGGGUCGUUAGAAGUCUUCAAGUCGCGGUUCAGACAAACGUUUGAACCGCCUAGAGCUGAGUUUAGAGCGCGAACUGAACUCUUGAAGCUCAACAGGGUAAGCGUGAUGUGCACGCUUACGCACAACAUAUACGACAUCUCACGAGUUGUAUAA